AUGUCAUCAUCAUUGGAUAUGGAAAAGUUAUUGAAUGAAUCUUGGAGAACAACCAAUCUCCCUGAAAUCAUUAAAAAACAAAAAGAUGCUGAAAAGUUUAUUGGUACCACAAGAAGUAAAGAUGUUAUUCCUAAACUUGAAAAUACCUUCAGAGCACUAAAUGAUAUGAAAUCAGUCUCUGAUUGCAAAGUUGUCAUCUUCGGACAAGAUCCAUAUCCGAGAGAAGAAAGUGCAAUUGGUGUUGCUUUUUAUGAUGGUCAAAUUAAAAAGUGGUCAGAUGCCAUGUCUCCUUCAUUUAGAAAUAUCAUUAAAAAUGUUUUGAUCAGUGCUGAUGAAUUGAAAACUUCUGAUAAAGUGGAAGCAUUGAGAAGUAAAAUUGAAAAGUUGAAAUUACUUCCUCCACCACAAUGGUUUGAAGAUACCAUGUCACAAAAUGUACUGUGGCUCAAUACUGCAUUGACUUUUAGUGGAAAGGAGAAAACUGACUUGGAUAAGCAUACUAAAUUCUGGAAACCAAUUAUUGAAGGAAUUUUACAAGUAGUUUUGAAAGCAACUGAGAAGGGAAUUGUAUUUGUACUUUGGGGAGGAAUUGCUAAAAAGUUAAAGACCACGAUCAAUAAUAUUGCCAAGAAGGAGGGUAAAACUGUUAAAUUUGUCGAGGCUAACCAUCCAGCUGUAGAAUCAUUCCACGAUGUGAACUCAUUUUCAGACAUUAACAAACAUCUCAAAGAGUUAGGUCAUGAAGAAAUUGAUUGGCUUCCAACUUCAAAGAAGAGAAAACAAGAAGAAUCAAAGACAACUACCACAAGCUCGUCAUCAGAUAAUGACGAAUCAUCUUUAAAAAAACAAAAGAAGUAA